UGGGUGUUCUCCGUAUAUCACGGCCUCAAUUGCCUCAACGGAUGCGAAGCAUUCCUCUAUAUCCCACAGUAUUCGCAAACACGGUGCUGGGAAAGGCGCUCCCACCUCUCCUCAUUUGGUUUAGCGCGGCCCUUCCAUUAACCCCACGACUCUACAUCCUUCAGCCCAAAUUCGUCGGUUCCAACGGAACUUGGUCGGUAGGCUCUGUGCCGGCCUCUGUGUCGUGGCUGUGGAUAGGUUGAUCAGGUCCAGCAGACGUGAGAUUAUCUUGCUGCUGAUGCUCUCGUUGGGUCGUGACGGCCGCUUUCAGCUCAUUGAUCUGGGUUU